CUUUCAAAUUCCUCCCUUUCCCCUUUAAUAUAUAUAUUAUAUUAUAUUAUAUUAUAUUAUAUAUAUAUAUAUAUACAUACAUAUAUCUACAAUUUAAUACAUAACGAUGAAGACAUUUGUUGGACCUGGACUGUCUGUCUGCUGUAGUCUCUUGUCAGUCUGUGGUAUUAUCUUUCUCGUUGUUCUCGGGUUUGCUUUUGAUGCCGAAGUAGAGGUUUUGACAGAGUUUACCAGUGACCCUGAUGACCCCAAGGCCACUGCUCAUGCUUGUUUCACUGCUGCCAUAGUCUAUGCUUGUUUCCUUGCAUUUUGCAGCUGUCAGACUCUCGUUCACAAGUACAAUGCUCGCAACCAAAUCCAGCUUUAAACUACACAAAUCAAACCAACCAACAACAAAAAGAAACAAAUACACUCCUCUUCUUUUCUUUUCUAUUUUUUUCUAGUGAAAUAUAGUGGAAGGAGAAGAGAGGAAGAAAAAAAAAGGGGGAAAAAGAAGUGUAGAGAGAGAGAGAGAAAACGAGGAAGAUGGGGGAAAAAGGUUUGGUUUGCUUGUCAUUUUGUACAAAAUGAAUAUUUGAAAUAAAUCAAUGUAAAUCAAAUCAAAUCAAAUCAAAUCAAUGCAAAUCAAAUCAAUGCAAAUCAAAAUGAAUUAAAAUAAAAAGCCUUGGGAGAAGAAACGAUCUUAAAAACGGUUGAUUUCUUUUUGACCCACUGUUUGUCUCCAUC